AUGCACAACGAGCUAACACAUUUUUUAGACACACUUUGUUCAAGAGGAAUAUGGGCUAGAGGUGGAAAAACCGUCAUUGGUGGUACGCAAGGAAAUGCAACGAAUCAAUUGCACUCUCCUGAAGGAAUAUACAUGGAUUCAACCAAUGCUUUAUAUAUAGUAGACCGAUUGAACCAUCGUAUAAUAAAGUGGGAACAGGAAGCAAUUACUGGAAAUGCAGUUGCUGGUGGAAUUGGUCCUGGAGUAAAACCAGGUGAACUAUUUCAACCAAGAGCAAUGACAGUGGACAAACAAGGUACGAUGUAUAUUAUUGACAACAGUAUGCCAGGUAGUCGUGUGACACGUUGGCAAAAAGGAUCAAAAGUGGGUGAAGUUCUGUUUGACUUUAAACAUAUUAUUGCUGGUGGUAUAGCCUUCGAUCCGAACGAUGAAGACUAUUUAUAUCUUGCAGAUCGCUAUGAACAUAGUGUGCUUAGAUUUAAUAUCAAAAAUAUUACUGGGAAUGGUGAGAUCGUGGCUGGCGGAAAUCAUAUAGGACCGGCUCUCAAUCAACUUGAACAGCAUACUCGAAACAGUCGUAUUGUCGUAUGGUCUGAGGGGGCAAAAGUCGGUGUCGUGGUUGGAGGUGGCCAUGGGGCGGGAAAUCAAACAGAUCAACUAUCUUUUCCAGAAGCUUUUUUCCUCGAUCGUCUAACAAACACUAUUUAUGUUGCUGAUAAAAAUAACAAUCGUGUCAUGCGUAUUUCAGCUGAUGCUCCAAAUGCUGGCUUCGUGAUUGCUGGAAAUGAUGGUAAGGGCAAUGCGGCUCAUCAAUUACCAUCUCCACAUGGUAUAGCAUUGGACAGUAAAGGCAAUCUGUAUGUUUCAGAUAAUGAAAACGAUCGAAUUCAAAUGUUCAUGUGCAGUAGUAGUGCCAAGUUCAUCGGCUCUCUCUACUUUAUAACAUUAACUAUAAUUUUUAUUCAAUAA